AUGAAACAAGUAAGAUCAAAGGAGAGGCAUUUAACCAGAGUUACAACAAUUGACAGCUUGUGCUGCAAGUCAGCUUUGCUUCUGUCCAUUGCGUGCUGUAUCGCACUUAUUCACGUAGAACUUCGAAUACAAGAACAUGAUCGCCUAUUUUCACACUCAGUGACUCGCUCUGGUCAAAUGAAAACGGAAAUCUUUCGAGUUCAACAGAAAAAUGGAAGACGGAGAAUAACCGAAAGUGGCCAUUUAGAUUUAGGACAGGAGACGAAAGGUGAGUAUUGAGAAAACCUAGAACGACGAUAGGUGGCUUCUUCCCAAGAAAAUAGUGAAUAGUUUUAGGCCGAUAAGCCUAUUAAAUAAGCGCUAUUAAAUAUCUUCUUUCACAGAUAUUGUUAAGGGUCAAGAAAAAAAGAGUAGACAAACAUCAGAGAUAAAAUGGUUUUAGCUAUUGUACUCUCCGUUCAGAUAGGCUCUUCUUGCCCACUCAGGCAGCCAACCAAAACAGAGAAUUAGUUUAGUCUUUCCCGGUUGCGGAACCUGCCAUAGUGACUAAAAAUAUUUUACUGGCAUUUUUUUUACUGUUUGUUCCUGAAGUUUAUUUAAUAAGCACGGUAUGUGUUCUAAUUUCUCUCAUAAGGUCAGGAAAGUUCGCCACGUCAAAGACGCGCUUCAUCCGAUGACUCACAACCGAAACCGGUCAAAACAGCUUCUGAUGUAAAACUGCUCAUUAAAAAAGAACUUCGUCUGCUGCAGAAUCAAAUCUGUGCCAAAGAUGAAAAACUCUGUCUUCCAGGACCGAAGGGUAAUACUGGAAGACGGGGAAGACGAGGACCCGAAGGUAUACCGGGUCCCCGAGGGAGAACCGGACCACCAGGAUCUCCUGGUAAACAUGGACCAGUAGGACCACAGGGACCAAUUGGCAAAAAGGGGGUUCGCGGAAUGCAAGGUCCGCCAGGACCUCCUGGUCCUAGAGGUCCGCCUGGUGUGAAAGGCGCACCGGGACAAUCUAUCUCGGCUCCCUCCCUGUUACAGCCGCCUGUUCAAACGACAGUCAAUAAAAGUCAGACAGCCAUCUUGAAAUGUACAGCGGUUGGCAGUCCUCCUCCUAGGGUCACAUGGUCUAAGGUGAAUUCAUCACUUCCUGUCGGGCGUCACGCGGUAGAGUCCAGUGGUGCUCUGAUUCUUCAGGAUGUUAGACCUGGAGACGAGGGCCACUACACCUGCAAAGCUGAAAAUUUGCUGGGAACCAUCAACGCCAGCGCGCGGCUAACGGUGCAGUGUAAGUUGCAUUUCAUUCUUCAAGAUUUCAAGAUGUUUUUCUAUCUCUCCCUAAUACAUUUUCUGACAUGUUGUAAGAGUAUUCUCACGGAAACCUACAGAUGGUCCCCUCUUGCCGUUCAUCAGUUACUUUGUCUGACUUUCAUUAGAAGACCCAUAACUCUCUAAAACGCAGCGGUGUGAUGCACUAUUUUGUUUGCAGAAUAAACGUGAUUUUCUACUUCUUGCCAGUUCCGUCCUUUACUGAAUUGUCAUCAAAUCACCUGAUUAGCAACUGGGAAACUGCAGCAACGUAAAUGAAAAACUAUAGUAUAGUGUUAUUUCGAUGAAUUUGAUUCAUUAGUCAUGACCUUUUUAAAGAAACCAAUGAACUGCAGAGAAGUCCUAAUCAAGAGGAAUCAAGUUACUUUGGUCUUGAGGUUGAGACCAAUUUCCUUGGCAUUGACUGCGUACGAAUGGUGAACUGCAAAAGAACUAACCAUUUAGGAAGUCUAGUUUUAGAGGAAGUUCACGUUCGCUUACUGAUAGAGGUGACCGCUGAAUAGGAGUUAAGUUUAAAGUAAAUAAGAGGUCAAAUUUUUGGAUAUUUGAUAAGUAUUGUUUUUCGGCCGGUGAAUGUGGCCGUUGUGGAAAUGUGCCAUAGAGGAGUUUUAACUGUAUAGGUUACAAAUUCCACGAAAUUAAAAUCGUGGAGAGAAUUUUGUCACCAGAAUAAAAGCGUUUUUCUUUUAUUUCUUGCCAGUUGGUCCCCAGAUAUUUUUGUCAUCAAAUCGCCUGAUGGCUGAACAAAACCAAAACGUCACUAUCGUCUGCACGGCCACUGGUCAGCCUCAACCCAACAUCACGUGGUCCAAGUUAGGAGGAGUUUUGCCAAAAGGAAGAAAUGAAGUGAUGAACGACGCCGUAAAGAUCUAUCAAGUGACAAGAGACGAUGGUGGAAUAUACACGUGUAAAGCAGAUAAUAUCCUGGGAUCAGCGAUAGCUAAUGCUCAACUGAUGGUUUUUUCGCCUCUUCGAUUCAAAAAUCGACCACCUCAAGAACUAACUCCUGUGGUUGGCUCAACUGUUCGCCUGCCAUGUGUGGCCGAGAGUGACCUGAGACCUACUCUGACCUGGACGAAGGACGACUCUAUACUUCCGGUUGGUUCAAGGAUUCUGCAAGACAACACCCUAGUUCUUGGGAGCAUCAAAAUAUCACACAAAGGAACUUACACGUGUAGAGCGAGUAAUCCUUUGACAACAAUAGAAAUCAAAGUGAAACUCAAUUUUCCAGUUGCUGCUUCCUGUUCUGUGAUCAGAAAACACGACAGUAGCGCAAGCGGAAAUUACGUCAUUGAUCCAGAUGGCGAGGGCGGUCUGGCACCAUUCACUGUUUAUUGUGAUAUGACAGCUAAGAAUAGGGUUGGCGUGACGGUCAUCAGUCACGACAGUGAAAGCAGAACAUCUGCGAAAGGAUACGAAAGUAAAGGUGCUUAUUCACGAGAUGUUCGUUACACAGGAGUGAGCCUCUCUCAGCUGGCAAGUCUCACCAGAGUCUCAUCGCAUUGUGAACAGUUUAUCAAGUACGAGUGUUACGGUUCAGUUUUGCUUAGCAACAACAACAAAUAUGGAUGGUGGGUGUCACGAGAUUCUACUAAGAUGACGUACUGGGGAGGAGCAUCUGGCAAUGGUAAGUGUGCAUGCGGGAUGAAUAACUCGUGUGCAAAUCCCAGUAAUGGCUGUAACUGUGACAAGAAUGACUAUGUAUGGCGUGAAGACAGCGGUCUCCUCACGGAUAAGACCAAGCUUCCUGUUAUACAACUCAGGUUUGGCGAUACUGGUGACAGCACAGAACAAGGUUACCACACACUCGGAAAACUUAAGUGCUUUGGAACAGCAUAA